AUGAAACGGGCACAGCCCCUAUCAACCAUUAAUAAGAAAUUGACAAGUGUUCCAGAAUUACCUCAUAAAAAAGGACUACUCAACUCAUCACCUAAGCCAAAAGAAAAACGUAAUGCCAAGUCACAAUAUGAUAAGAUCGAACCAAUGGUCCUAAGGUCUCCACCCACAGGAGAAUCAGUUGUUCGUUAUGCCUUGCCAAUACCAUCAAGUAAGACAAAGGAAUUAAUAGCAGAAGAUGAAAUGGUCAGGAGGAUUACCAAACACCUGAAGAUGGUUGUUACUGCUUUGGAAAAUACAUAUGGAACUGUGGAUGAAGAUGGAGAAAAAACACUGACGAAACCUAAAGAGGAAGGCGUAUCUUUAUCUGUUGGUGAUGAUAUGAAUGCAUUCUUGCAGUACUGUUCACAGUUUGCAGCUCAGAUGGAGGAAGCAGUUAAAGAAGAACGUAACAUUUUGGAGUCUCUUUUCAAGUGGUUUCAGCAACAAGUCAACCAAAUGGAGGAGAUAGGUAAAGACCAAAGCAUUUUAGAAGGAGAUCUCCCAUCAGAUGAAAAAACGCUCAACUUGAACAUCGCACAAAUAGUAAAACUGGUACAUAGAUUUGAAGAUCUGAAAACUCGCUUGAAGGGGCGCAAGGAAUCCCUGCUGUCUAAACACGUGGAAAAAGACAUGCUACCAGGUUCAAUGAGAAGUUACGAAGCUAUAGAGAAGCAAAUCGAAGAAUUCAUAAAAUCUCACUCAGCUUACGAAUCUCAAGUUGCUUCUGAAACUGAGCCAGCUCCUUAUUCAGUGACUAAACGGAUGAACGUGAUGAUGAAAAUAUUUGAAAAUCAGACAAAUAUGUUAGAGAGAGCUUUAAAUGAUCAGAGUAUAGUUGAGACUAAAUAUAAACAGAUGGAAACUGAUUUUCAGAUGUUAUUAUUGGAGAAAACCCUACUGGAAAGUGAAAUACAGAGGAUGAGAGAGUCAGAGAAAGCAAAGCCAUCAGGUAAAGAAGAUCGAACCAAGAAAUCCACAAGGCCAGAAAAGAAAAAAGAGAAAGAUUCAGAAAGGUGA